AUGGCGAUCGUGAGCGCGGGUCUGCUCUGGAGCUGUCUUUGUUAUGCGCUGCUUAUUUUCCCGUGCGUCUGUCUGGUCGCCUUCGUCGGAUAUUGCCUUUAUAUUAAACAUUUGCAUCUCAAAUAUGACCACAUCCCUGGACCACCGCGCAAAAGUUUCCUCUUUGGCCACUCGUCGAUAUUGUUGGAUAUCAUGAAAAAAGAUGGGGUUAUCCACGACCAGUUUCAUGAAUGGGCAGAGAUGUAUGGUCCUGUGUUUAAGAUCAAUAUUCUCCACUUUGUGAUUCUAAGUGUGUACUCUCCAGAAACUACAAAGGAGCUCCUCAUGUCCUCAAAAUACUCCAAAGACAAAUUCCUCUACAAACGACUGUUCAACUUGUUUGGAGAAAGGUUUUUGGGGAAUGGCUUGGUGACAUCUAUGGACCAUGACCAAUGGUACAAACAGAGACGGAUCAUGGACCCAGCCUUCAGUAGCCUAUAUCUGAGAGGUCUUAUGGGCACGUUCAAUGAGCGAGCAGAGAAGCUGAUGGACAAACUGACUGAGGAGGCUGAGAACCACAAAGAGGCCCAUAUGUUACAUCUGUUCAACUGCGUCGCCAUGGAUAUUAUUGCUAAUGCUGCGUUCGGCGUCAAUUUGGACCUGCUCAGACAGAGUUCUCCUUUCCCCAAAGCUGUAGAGAUGUGUCUGAGAGGAAUGAUCUACCAUAUUCGAGAUGCAACAUUUGCGUUCUUCCCUAAGAAUUGGCCGUUCAUUAAUGAAGUCAGGGAAGCUUGUAAGCUGCUGCGGCAUACUGGAGCUCAGUGGAUCAACAAGAGGAAAACCGCCAUGGAAAAUGGAGAGAACGUCCCCAAAGACAUCCUCACACAAAUCAUUAAAUCUGCUGGACAAGAGGAAAGCAUGACCAAAGAGGACGAAGAGUUUAUGGUGGACAACUUUGUGACCUUCUUCAUCGCUGGGCAGGAGACCACAGCCAAUACACUCGCUUUUUGUGUCAUGGAACUUGGCAGACACCCGGAUAUUUUAGAGAAAGUGAGAAAAGAGGUGGACGACGUCAUCGGUAUGAAAAGAGAAAUCAGCUACGAAGAUCUGGGACAUUUGACAUAUCUCUCUCAGGUGCUGAAAGAGACCCUGAGGUUGUAUCCCCCUAUAGUUGGGACGUCCCGUGAACUGGCUGAAGACAUGUUGAUCGAUGGCAUCCAUGUCCCAGGAGGGGUGAAUUGUAUGCUGAGCACCUACACUGCCUGUCGGUUGGAGAUAUUCUUCAAGGACCCUCUGAAGUUUGACCCAGACAGAUUUCACCCAAAUGCUCCCAAGCCUCACUACACGUACUACCCCUUUUCUCUUGGUCCUCGCUCCUGUCUCGGGAAGAACUUUGCCGAGAUGGAGGCGAAAGUGGUGAUGGCCAAGCUGUUGCAGAGGUUUGACUUCACUCUGGUCCCAGGACAGUGUCUGGACAUACAGGACACAGGGACGCUGAGGCCCAAAGGGGGCGCCCUCUGCACCAUCAAGCACAGAGACUCAUAG